AUGCCUGGACAGCGCGGGUUCAGAGGCAAGUCGGGACCUACCUAUAAUGCUCGGGGACGAGGCUCACGAUUUCGAGGACGCGGAAACUAUAAAUCUACGAACAAAUCCGGUUCAACAUCUGUGUCUCGAACUGCUGACGGGUUGGUCCUCGAAUCCCAAGCUGACCGAGAAGGAACUGAACAACAAGAGAAAUGGAAUGAUGCCGUGCAAAACCAUGAGCUGGACGAAAAGUUGGGGUUCACUCGAAUCGAAGACGGCAGUCCAAGAGUGGGCUGGCUUAUCAACAUUCAGCCGGCCGUGCCUGACAAGUCACCUUCACAACCAAAUGCAGCCGUCGAUUUAUAUUUCAUCCAAGACGACGGUGAAAUGUUUAGGGCGACAAUGUCGUACAGGCCUUACUUUUACAUUGCAACUCGCUCUGGGAAAGAAGGCGAGGUUGAAGACUGGUUGCAAAGGAGGUUCGAAGGUCUAUUCUUCAAAUCUGAGAGGGUGUUCAAGGAAGAUUUGCAACUGCCAAAUCAUCUCACAGGCUACCGGCGACAAUUCAUAAAGAUACAUUUCCGUAAUAUUGAACUGCUGCUUCGGGUUCGGCGCGAAUUAUUGUCACUAGCGACCAAGAAUCGCGAUAAAAUGGAUGCCUUAGACACUUAUGCUGAGAUGAUCCAAGGGGGAUGCAGCAAUCUUGACCUGGCCGAUAUGGAAGACGUAGAGUAUACUCAAGAAGACGAUUACCUCGAAGUCGAAGGAGGAGCUCAACGCAACAGGCAUAAAUCCAUGGCUACAGCUAAAUCGCAUGCAGCCUCUGCCGCAGCGACGGACCCCGCUGAAUGGAUAAUUGACAUCAGGGAGUAUGAUGUGCCAUACUAUCUGCGAGUCGCUAUUGACAGAGGCAAGCAGUUUCCAUAUCGAUCAGCAUUUACGUAUAUAUACUUACGUGUCGGGUUGUGGUAUACCGUCACGGCCACUCAUGAAGAAGUCUUAUGUUUUCGCAUCCCGGAUCGAGUUGAACGUGCUGAGCCUGUCGUGAUGGCGUAUGAUAUUGAAACCACCAAGGCCCCACUGAAGUUCCCUGAGUCCAGUUCCGAUCAGAUCAUGAUGAUAUCAUACAUGAUCGAUGGUCAGGGAUUUUUGAUAACCAAUCGUGAGAUUGUGGGGGACGAUAUUGAUGACUUUGACUACUCACCUAAACCUGAGUAUGAUGGCCCAUUCACCAUAUUUAAUGAGGCUUCUGAAUCUGCUCUUAUCCGGCGUUGGUUUGAACACAUCCAACAAUCUCGACCCACGGUAAUAGCUACCUACAACGGAGAUAGUUUCGAUUUCCCUUUUGUUGCCGCGAGGGCAUCAGCCCAUGGUAUCGAUAUGUUCAAAGAAACCGGCUUCCGCCUAGACUCCGAAGGAGACUUCAAAUCGAGGACGUGUAUUCAUAUGGAUUGUUUCAGAUGGGUGAAACGAGAUUCUUACUUACCCCAGGGUAGCCAAGGUUUGAAAGCCGUGACUGUUGCUAAGCUGGGUUACAACCCCAUUGAGCUUGAUCCAGAACUCAUGACACCAUACGCAAUCGAACAACCACAAGUUUUGGCUCAGUAUUCAGUUUCUGAUGCUGUUGCCACUUACUACUUGUACAUGAAAUAUGUUCAUCCUUUCAUCUUCUCUCUAUGUAACAUUAUACCCCUCAAUCCGGAUGAGGUCUUGCGCAAAGGAUCAGGUACUUUGUGUGAAACGCUUUUGAUGGUGGAAGCUUAUGUGGGAGACAUUAUCAUGCCCAAUCGACAUGUCAACGCGCAUGGAACCAUGUAUGAAGGUCACUUGUUGGAAAACGAGACUUACGUAGGAGGCCAUGUAGAAGCACUGGAAGCCGGUGUCUUCAGGUCAGACAUACCAUCUGAUUUCAAGCUGGUGCCAAGGAGAUGCCAACAACUCAUAGACGACUUGGAUAGCGCCCUGAAAUUCAGCAUCGUCGAAGAAGGUCAAUACUCGUUAGAGGACGUUGUCAAUUAUGAUGAGAUCAAAUUCGCUAUCCAGUCCGGACUUGAAACGAUGCGUGACCACCCUAACAGACAAGACACACCUCUCAUAUAUCAUCUUGAUGUAGCAGCGAUGUAUCCCAACAUCAUGUUAUCCAAUCGUCUUCAACCUGACUCGGUUGUCGAUGAGGCCACCUGUGCUGCUUGUGAUUUCAAUCGGCCAGGUAAAACUUGUGACCGCAGAAUGACCUGGGCGUGGCGAGGAGAAUACUUUCCUGCCAAAUUGGAUGAGUACAAGAUGGUCCGUAAUGCCUUGGAAUCAGAGUCUUUCCCGCCUAAAUGGCCCAACAACCCUCCGCGUAAAUUUAGCGACUUGGCACCUGCAGAACAGACGUCAUUACUUCACAAGCGACUCGGAGAUUAUUCGAGGAAGGUCUACAAGAAGACGCACGAGACCAAGAUCGUAGAGAAAGAGGCGAUCAUCUGUCAACGAGAGAACCCAUUCUAUAUUGAUACUGUCAGGGCGUUUCGAGAUCGUCGAUAUAAGUACAAAGGACUUCACAAACAGUGGAAGACGACGGCUGAAGUAACUCAAAAAAACGGCGGAUCUGUUGGGGAUAUUGCUGAGGCCAAAAAGAUGAUUGUCAUUUACGAUUCGUUACAACUUGCGCACAAGUGUAUCCUCAAUUCAUUCUAUGGAUAUGUGAUGCGAAAAGGAGCGCGUUGGCAUUCAAUGGAAAUGGCUGGAAUCACAUGUUUGACUGGCGCUAAAAUCAUUCAAAUGGCUCGCGAGAUCAUCGAGGAAGUGGGUCGACCGUUGGAACUUGACACGGAUGGUAUAUGGUGUAUGCUUCCAGGGAUUUUUCCAGAAAAUUUCAACUUCAAGCUCUCAAACGGGAAAACAUAUCGCAUAUCAUAUCCAUGUUCAAUGUUAAAUCAUCUCGUACAUCAGAAGUUUACCAAUCAUCAAUAUCACGAGUUCAACCCACAAUUCAAAAAAUACGAUGUACGUGCUGAGAACAGUAUAUUCUUUGAGCUGGAUGGUCCAUAUAAAGCUAUGAUUCUACCAUCUUCAAAGGAGGAAGAUAAACUGUUGAAGAAACGUUACGCCGUCUUCAAUCCUGAUGGGUCUCUUGCAGAGCUCAAAGGCUUCGAAGUCAAACGUCGUGGUGAACUGCAACUUAUCAAAAUAUUUCAAACUGCGAUCUUCGAGAAGUUUUUGAAAGGCAGCACAUUGAAAGAGUGCUAUGACGCAGUGGCAGAGGUUGCCAAUCGAUGGCUAGAUGUCUUGUCAACAAAAGCCAUCUCAAUGCAUGAUGAAGAACUUAUUGAACUUAUCUCUGAAAACAGAAGUAUGUCGAAAACACUCGCAGAAUAUGGAACUCAAAAAUCUACAUCAAUCCGCACUGCUAAACGCCUGUCGGAAUUCUUAGGAGAACAGAUGGUGAAGGAUAAGGGUCUAUCGUGUCGCUUUAUCAUCUCGGCGAAGCCUUACGGUUCUCCCGUCACCGAAAGAGCAGUUCCAGUUGCAAUUUUUUCGGCUGAGCCUAGCGUACAGCAACAUUACCUUCGCAGAUGGCUCAAAGACAAUUCUUUGGUCGAUCUCUCCCUACGAUCCAUACUUGACUGGCCUUAUUACACAGAGCGACUGGGAUCUGUCAUCCAAAAGCUGAUCACCAUCCCUGCUGCCAUGCAAAAGGUCUCGAAUCCUGUCCCGAGAAUACAUCAUCCAGAUUGGCUCGCGCGUCGAUUGGCUACACGGGAGGAUACUUUCAAGCAGCACAAAAUCACAGACAUGUUUUCUCGACAAAAGCCAAUUCCACAAGAUGUCAUCUCUACCCGAGACCUUCUUCAGGCUACAGAGACAGCGCUGACAACCAAAUCCCACGAGGUCCGUGAACCACUCCCAUCGCGUCCUAGGCCUGACAUCAGCGUAGAUUACAGUGGCUGGAUAGCUGCGAUGAAGCCUGUUUGGAAGGAGCAGCGCAUGGCUCGGAAAUCGGAAAGGACCAUGGGCCUUUCUCGUGCUUCCGCUCUACGAUCCAACAAGGGUGACAUCACGUCACUGCUACAACAACAAACACGUCGAUUAGCUUCCUCCUUGAUGGAGAUCGUUCAUAUCUUGCCCGAUCCUCACAAACCCGGGGAGUUUCGUAUCUGGUGUUUGGUUCAAGAAGUCUUACAUCCGCUGAAAGUCAUCAUUCCUCGUGAAUUCUACAUCAACUUGAAGCGUCAUCCAGGUCCGAAUUUCUUUCCGAAGUCUUGUCAUGUCGAGCCCGUGGUCAAAACGUUACCUCGGUCCCAAACGCGCUUGUACUUGUACAAAGUUUCGGUCGCUGAGAAUGCAUUCAUUGAGGAUGCCUCUGAGUAUCUGCGCAUGUUUACUGCCCCUGAAGUUGAGGGAACAUACGAACUUCAAGUUCCGCUGGUGCAACGCGGCCUCAUUCACUUGGGAAACGCAUUCACAGUCUCUUCGACAAGUAAGAUCUCCAUUGCCAAGGGCUUCGAUGUGGGUUUCGAUCUCGCCGAUCUUUGCAGUAUUGAAAGACCUUUGUCUGGACGAUCUUAUCUCGAUUCAGGGAAGGCACUCCGUUAUAUCGUAAUCUACCACUUUUAUCGUGGUUCCAGGCAUGCGAUGGGAAUAUUCUGCCCAGGAUCACAUGCUCGAAUCUACCUCACCGAUCGCAAUACAUCUCCACAAAUCCCCAACAUGCAGACUUAUUAUGAAACGUCUUUUCAAGCUCGCGUAGAAGAUAUCAAAUUGAAUCCUGGAGUAUUUCAGUAUGAACCGAAUCUUCAAAUUGAGGCAAUCAAUGUAGCAACUGAGGCACUCGGUCUCAAGGCACUCAAUCGUGACCUUUCAACUCUCAAAGGCAAACGCAUUGCUUCAGACUAUGUUGUGAUGAUACAUUCGGACAAGGACUACGCUUAUUAUGACGAUGGGAUCACGUCGAUGUCCAGAUUUCCUACCCUGAUGAUUCAUUCAAACAAAGCAGAUAACAAGUUUGAAGCCUUUGGUUGGCAACGUUACGCUGCUGAGCGUAUGGUGCAGCACUUUCUUAGAGCGUCUUCCUUCAUACAGGAGCGUAUCCUGCAAGCAGAACAAUUUGAUGUACCAGUGUGCAACUUCGAAAGCGAUGCAGCUUCUUUCUUGAUGGAUCUCGAGUUCUGUAAGAAGCUCACCCGAUCAGACCAUAUCCUAUGGUGGUCUUCAUCCCCCAAGCCCGAUUUGGGGGGUAGAGAAAACGACAUCAAUGCUCAACAAGUCUUAGAAACCUUAUCGAGUCCCGAGAUAUCUGUCAUGGGAGCAUAUUCUAAUGCGUCAAUUGAGUUGAGCAUCGUAGACCUGGCCAUAGACGCCGUCUUGCAGUCUGCGACGGUAUACGAAGGAGACAAGGGUGAAAGUACGAUCGGCUUUCAGAACGCUUCUCACAACCUCGAUGAUUAUUCCAAAGGUUCUGCAAACUCGCAUCACAUAUUAGGCGAUUCAGACCUAACAACUCAGACAUUCGCCUUGUUUCGAUCGAUGGUCAGAGUUUGGAUGGCUGAAAGUGUUAAAAGCAAUGGACAUCAUUACCGCGGAUUGAUCAGACAUUUCUGGCGCUGGAUCAGUAGUGCAUCAUCUAAAAUGUUCGACCCUGCGCUUUAUCAUUUUGUGCAUGGCCUGAUGAAAAAAGUCUUCUCUCAACUCUUAACGGAAUUUAGGCGACUAGGCACUAAAGUUAUAUACGCCGACUUUAGCCGAAUUUUUCUUCUAACAUCCAAGACAACUUCAUCUAACGCAUAUGCGUAUUCUUGCUACAUUGUGUCAGCAGUCAAUAGUAGAGACCUUUUCAAAUUUUUGGAACUAGAUAUUGUUCGCUUCUGGGAUCAGCUCUUAUGGGUAGAUGUUACUAAUUUCGCAGGUAUCAUCUGCAAUCGUCCUGAUGCGACAGAAGACAGCGGUGAACUUGACCUUCAGCAUGUUGACAUGCAUUGGAAUAUGGUCAACUUUCUCCCUCCAGCAGUCCAACAAGAUUUUCUCCAGGUGAUAUGUGUAUUCAUCCAUGACAUCAAUCAAUGCAAGAGUCAAACGACAUCUGAUCACUCCCAGUCGCAGCCGAUAACUGACGCAGAUCACAAACAAAUGGAAGCAGAACUUUUGCGCCCUCUGAUCAAGCAAAAGCUUACUCGGCAGCUGAUGAAGCUUGUAACGAGCCUGACAGAUCGGCAAAUUGAAGCUAUGAGUCAGUCCGACACCCGGGCCACUUUUGAAUUCCCCCGCCUACCUGGAUCUCACAUCCUGAUGAAGAAGCCGGUCCUUGAGUUUGUGAAGAUGAUUUGUUUCAUCAUGGAGUUAGCAAAACCGGUUGCUUCUGAGAUCAGAACGAUGAAGCGUCUAUUGUUGGAUUUGAUCGGAGUCCGUGAGUUUGCUAGUGAAGCGGUUUUCAAAAAUCCAUGUGUUCCCUUCGCGAUUCCAGUCACAAUUUGCAAGCAUUGCAAUGUCAUGAGAAAUAUCGAUCUCUGUCGCGACCCAGACCUUCUCCCUUCAGCACGCUCCUCGUCUGCUAAUCAUUCAUCUGAUUGGCACUGUGCUCAUUGCGGCCAUGAAUAUAACAAAUUGGCCAUUGAGACCAGCAUCGUAGAACAAUUGGGAAAUCAAGUCAGUAUGUUCCAACUGCAGGACAUCCGAUGCUCGAGAUGCUCUCAAAUCAAGGCGGACGACAUGAGCUUACGAUGCCACUGUUCAGGCGAGUAUGAAUUGAGUGGCAAUGGGCAAUCUGGCAGUCAUCGUGAUACAAGGCAGCAGAUCGUCAAGCGACUACGUGUGGCUCGAGAUGUCGCUGAGGCACAUGGAAUGGAUAUCCUGUUAGAUUUGGCAAAUUGCUUUUUAAGUCAACUUUGA